UCUUUUUUUAGUUAAUUUACAAAUGAUUCUUCGUUAUUUUAUUCGACAAAAUUUAAAACUUCAACUUUGCUCAACAAGGAAUUAUGUGCCUGAAUAUAAUAAAAGGAAAACUGGUUGGAUUUUGAGGAAGGCAAAUGGAUAUUUGGCUCGUCAUCCAAACUUUUUUAAUAAUUUUAUAGUUUAUGGAUUUACAGGUUUUAUGGCUGGUUAUUGGUUUUAUAACAGUUAUCAAGAAAAGAAAAUAAAGAAAACAAUGACAGAAGAAGAAUAUAUAAUGUAUAGAGAAAAGAAAAAAGCGCUUAAUGAACAAAGAAUGAAAUAUGGUUUUUAUUUUUUUGGAGAAUAUUUUUUAAAUUUAAGGGGUAAAAACUUGCUUUUGAGGACCCAGUCUCCGAUAUUGUCUAUUUAUAUGUCAAAGUUUGUAUCUCGACCUUAG